AUCUGUAACGCAAAUACCAUUUUCGAGAAUUUGAAAUAGCAUACGGUAGCAUUAAUUCACCAUUUGUUUGUUUUGCCCCUAGACGACGCCGUGUGGAGGAGGUAAAUUUAUCCGCUGCCGGGUUCACCAUCUUUAAAUCAAUCCUGCAGUUUUAGAAAUUUGAACAGAAACUGUGCCAUGUUCUUUCCAAGUUUGGGUCUUGCUUCUCCUAUAUAAGUCUCUACACCCAGAGCUCUCUGGUUAUCUCUGUACCAUUCUGCCCAGCAACCCCAAUUUGGUUCUCUUUUCCAAGAACAUUGUGAGUGAGCCCAGAAGGGAGUGCGAGUGAGAAAGCAUAGAAUGGCCACGCCGCCGCCGAACAUGGAGGGUGGCCCGCCGCAAGUUGUAGCACAGCCGCCGGGGACGGACAUGACCGGAAUAUGCUUCAAGGACCAGCUUUGGCUGAGCUCUUAUCCUCUCGAUCGCAAUCUGGUCUUUGAUUACUUUGCAAUCUCGCCCUUCUACGACUGGACCUGUAAUAAUGAACAGCUCCGUCAGCGCGCAAUUCACCCUCUUGAUAUCUCUCACCUCUCCAAAAUGACGGGGACAGAAUACAUGCUGACGGAAGUUACAGAGCCGCACCUGUUUGUUAUCCGCAAGCAAAAGAGGGACAGUCCAGAGAAAGUAACACCCAUGAUGACUUACUAUGUGUUGGAUGGUUCGAUAUAUCAAGCACCUCAGCUUUGCAAUGUUUUUGCAGCUCGAGUUGGACGCGCUCUCUAUCAUAUAACUAAGGCUUUCACCACUGCUUCUUCAAACUUGGAGAAGAUUGGAUAUGUUGAUCCAGAAAAUGAGACUGCAGCCUCUGAAUCCAAGGCUAGCAAAGAGACAAUUGACGUAAGGGAAUUUAAUCGAGUGAACCAAAUUCUUCAAUCGUUAUUGCGCAAGCUACCACCAGCCCCACCACCGCCACCAUUCCCAGAAGGCUAUGUUCCUGUACCCACUGGAGAAGCCGAGAACGGCUCAGAAACUCAGCAAGCCGGAGAGCCACAACAACCUCCGGUGGAUCCCAUCAUUGAUCAAGGCCCAGCUAAAAGGAUGAAAUAUUAGAUUAGAGGUGG